AUGAAUAAUAAUAAAAUUAAAAUAUCAAUAAUUUCAUUUCUUAUAAUUUUGAAUUUUUUAUACUUUCCUUUUGAAAAUAAUAAUAAUAUAAAUAUACAUUACUAUAAUUACUUUUAUAAAAAUCAAAAUAAUAAUAAUAAUAAUAAUUUUUAUAAUAAUAAUUAUAAUAAUAAUCUAGAGAAACCAUUGAAAAUAUUUUUAAUUCCAGAUUCAUUUAAUUCAUUAUCAAUCAAUUUUAGUUGUAUUUCAAUAGAUUCAAAUAAAUUAAAAAUAAAAAAUGAGGAAACCAUUAUAAUUUUUGUGGAAUAUUUAAAACAAUUAUCAGAAUUAAAAAAAUCAAAUCAAUUGAUUAUACCUAUAAAUGAAAAAUCAAAUAAUAUUAUAUUAAAUACUAAACAAAGAAAACAACAAUAUGAUUGGUUAAUUUCACAAAUCUUUGAAAAUAAACAAAUUUUCAAUAUUAAAUAUAUAAUCUACAUUCAAACACUUGAUGAAAUAAUAAAAAAUAAAAAUUCAUUGAAAAUAGAUAUUAUUUAA